CAGAUGUGAACCUGAUUUGGGAGAGGAGCUUCAACACUGAACUACAGCUUCGACUACACAACUGCACAAGAUGUCUGCUGAGCUCCUCUCUGUGAGUCAACAAUGUGGGAAUAAUGGAAAUCUUCAAGGCACCACAGUGGGAGGUGCAAAACCUAUACACCGCUUCUUGAAAGGGCAACCCAAAAUUCUUGGCGUGAGACAUGGACAUAAAUACACACACUCACACUUAUGUACCAUUGUGUUGAUCUUGGGUGCAUCCUUUUUUAUUUUCUCCAUUGUGAUCACGGCAGACUCCCACUUGGCAUACACACGGACAGUCAUCCCUCCUGGCUUCCUGAUGGGAUCGCUGGUAAUUAUAUGUGGGAUUAUGUAUGUUUUGACAGAACACAACCCCACCAAGAAAACAGUAACUAUCUCGUUAUCGCUGAGCAUUGUUUCCAUACUGGUAACAUGUUGGGCUUUGCUGCAAAUCCUGCCUGAGAUGGAACAGCACCACUACGAAGCAACGUUUUUUUAUGAUUAUGAAAACUAUACAGAGUCUGAAGAAGAAUGGUCGGCAAAUCAUAAGCACAUGGGAUUGGCUUUGGAAGCAGUCUUUGUGUUCUACACUUUGGUUGGAGCUGUUAUUUUAAUUGUGAUGUCAGCUUUGGCUGGGGCCGCCCUGCGUUCCACAAAAACUCAAGCCGUUGUAAUGAUGACUACUGCAUCGACUGAAACACCAACUGAAUAAGAAGUACAAGAGGUCUGCCUGUACUACAAAAAAUUGAGAGAAGAAAUAUGAAGCAUACAAAGACACAGAAUCAUCUCUCUGUGAACACAAGAUAUUAGACACUAAAUAAUAAUCACUUCUCAUUAGCAUGUUGUUGUCAUUGUUUAUGAUGCAAUGCAGUAAUAUGUAUGUAUACAAUAUAAUCUCAUGCAGUCAUACUAUUUUCUCCAUAAUGCAAGAACUACACUUACCUGUCAGCAGAAGAGUGACACCUCACUUUCCUUACAGCACAAGUGAUUAAUUGCUACUCACACUGUAGUUUUCCAGUCCAUGACCUGUUUAUGUAUUAUGUUUGCACUGUAUCCGAGUGAUGGAGGAAACAAAACUUGCUCCAUGUUGUUUUAAAUUCAUCGAAACAACCAAAAUAGUCAAGGGCAGUGUUAAAGUGAGGUGAAAUUGCUAAUGCUCUUUUUUUUUUUUUUUUUUACAAGAAACAGUAACCAGAAUUCAAAACCCUAUACUAAAGCAAAAUGAUGGAGCGAUGGGGCGAUGGAGCAAUACUAACAUAAGCAUGAUCAAUAAGAAACCAGUGUAUAUCAAAAGGUAAUGGAUCAUAGUCCAUGUCAUGAUGACCUCUGUAAGAUAAAAUGUUGAUAUUUUAAUGAAUAAACCAAAUUUUAUG